AUGGCUUCAACCAUCGUCGAGAAGGCGACGGCAGCAGUGGAGAAGAUCACGGGCAGCAGCAACGGCGAGUCUAAGUCUGCGCGCAAGAAGAAGGAAAAGGCCAAGGCAGCAGAGGCUGCAUCCAACACGAAUGGCUCUACACCAGCAGUGCCACAAGCUGCCUCCAAUGACGUCUCUGCCGUUGCUGAUGCUGAAGGCUCCACGGAGCAUGCGUAUGUGAAGGAGCUGCAGAAGCAGAUUCGAAACAUCAACAAGAAGCUUGCGGGCAUGCAGAAAACCGACGCCGUCGUCGCAGAAAACCCUGGUGUCUCUCUCGACGAUCUCGUUGCACAACGCAAAAUCAAUCCCGACCAGCGAUCCGCCGCGCUGAAGAAGCCUGGUCUGCAGGUCCAGCUGGCAGACCUCGAGGAGCGUAUCGAGCAAUACCGCAAGUUUGACUCGGACUACCAGACAAAAAUCUCCAAGCAGCGAGACGAUCUGAGUGCAGCACACGCCAAGGAAAUUGCUUCUCUUCGCGAGCAGCUGCAGGUCGAGGCAGCAUCAGCAACUGCUGGGGAACUGCGGAAGAAGCUGCUCACCUUCUCCCAGUUCCUGCGGGCUGCCGCUGCUAAGCGCACGGUUGAAGAGGAGGCGGAUAGUGAAGAAAGCAGAGCAUUUGAGGGUGCACUGUUGCUUGUAUACGGAGGUGACUUCAAGGCUGUGGAUACCGCGCUGAGCAUCAUUGAGGGUACCAAUGAGCCUGUGCCAAGUAUAGAUGGUAUACCUUUGCAGGUCGACUACGCACAGAUUAAGAAGUCUUCCAUGGCCCACGCCCCUUUCCAKACUGAAGAGGACUGGGUUGAUCAAGUCGCCGAGGCCACUGAGUUAAGUGGGUCCGAUCCCACCGUUGUCAAUGCUGGUUUGACCGAGCUCGACGCACAAGACCACUCGAACGGCAUCCAGGAAGCUCACCAAGAAGCUGUUCCCCAGGCUGGCGCAGGUGAUGCAUCUGCCAAUUUUGCCGCGGACAGAUGGGACACCAAUGCCGCCGGUACUACAACUGAGAAGGGAGGCAUGGAUGACAGUUACGUGCAUGUUCGGCGACCAGAUGACGAGGUCGAUACUCCAGCCGAGACUUCUACGCAUCAGACUCAGGGAUCGAACUGGGCUGACGAUGUUCCCUCUCACGAAGCAUCAGGUAACGUUGCCGCCGAGGCAUGGUCUGCAGAGCCACAAGACGAUGGCUGGGCCGGUGCUGAGCCAGCUGCAACCAGCGGUACUGGCGACGACGGCUUCCACGAGGUCGCAGGCCGCUCGCGUGGCCGUGGCGGUCCUCGCGGUGGGCGUGGUGGAGAUGGCGAAUUCCGUGGUCGUGGCGGACGUCGUGGUAACUUCCGUGGACGUGGCGAUGGCGAGUUCCGUGGUCGCGGCGGCUUCCGUGGUGCCCGUGGCGAAGGCGAAUCGAGGGGUGGCCGCGGCGGACGUGGUCGCGGAGGACCUCGCGGAGGUGCAGAGGGUGCCGCCACUGCCCGCUCGUAG